CUGCGCGCGCCAGUGCUGGGAGCGCCUGCCUUCUCUUGCCUUCAAAGCCUCCUCUUUGGACCUAGUCACCGCUGUCCUCACGGCGAUGUUGGACUCCGUGACACACAGCACCUUCCUGCCCAACCCGUCCUUUUGUGACCCCCUGAUGUCGUGGACGGACCUGUUCAGCAAUGAAGAGUAUUAUCCCACCUUUGAGCAUCAGACAGCCUGUGACCCCUACUGGACGUCAGUGCACCCCGAGUACUGGACUAAGCACCACGUCUGGGAGUGGCUCCAGUUCUGCUGCGACCAGUACAAGCUGGACGCCAACUGCAUCUCCUUCUGCCACUUCAACAUCAGUGGCCUGCAGCUCUGCAGCAUGACGCAGGAGGAGUUCAUCGAGGCGGCCGGCAUCUGCGGGGAGUACCUGUACUUCAUCCUCCAGAACAUCCGCUCACAAGAUUACUCCUUUUUCAAUGACGUUGACAAGACCAAGGCCACCAUCAAAGACUAUGCCGACUCCAGUUGCUUGAAGACAAGUGGCAUCAAGAGCCAGGACUGCCACGGUCACGGGCGAACAAGCCUCCAAAGUUCGCAUCUCUGGGAAUUCGUGCGCGACCUGCUGCUCUCUCCGGAGGAAAACUGUGGCAUUCUGGAGUGGGAAGAUAGGGAGCAAGGCAUUUUCCGGGUGGUUAAAUCGGAAGCGCUGGCCAAGAUGUGGGGACAAAGGAAGAAAAAUGACAGAAUGACCUACGAAAAGCUGAGCAGAGCCCUGAGGUACUACUAUAAAACAGGGAUUUUGGAACGGGUCGACCGAAGGUUAGUGUAUAAAUUUGGAAAAAAUGCCCACGGGUGGCAGGAAGAGAAGUUAUGAUUGUCUCCCGGCUCAAGUUCCUUUUAUGGAUUUCUGUCUUUUGAAGCAAUCCGAUUGCAAUGGACAUUUGAAAGUCUUUGUUUUGUUUUGUUUUGAAACCUGCAAACGUGCUGAUAAAAUUUCUCCACAUCUCAGCUUACCUUUGGAUUCAGAGUUGUUGUCUGCUGGGGGUGGUGGUUACAACCCCUGAGACGUCUUUGUUGUUGUUGUUGUUGUUGUUCAAGCAGAGGGGAGGAGGACAUGAUCUUUUGUGAUGUCUCGAUCAAACAUAUUUCCCUAGUCAAGAGUUGCAGAACCAACAUGCCAUGGGUGCUGCACAGUGAAAAAAAAAAAUCCCCUUUCUGCCAUGAGUCUCCUUAGGGUUUCCACUGCACAGGCUCACGUGUUUCCUCACAGUCAGUGGCAGCAGCAAAGAGGGGAGACGUGAGUAGUUUGUAGUUGACCUACUAGGAAGGGGUGAGAUAUGGGGGAGCAAACAAAGUGUAGAUGCUAAAUUGUGAACGUCAGAUUUCAAACAGAAGGUUCUUAAGUAAUGAAAGAGCGAAGGCAUCAAGGUGAGAGACUGGCUGUAACAGAGGUUCAUUGUAAGGUUUUUAACCAGAGCAUCUUUUGGGCCACUUGGCAAAACUCCCAGGGCCCUUGUUCUAUAGUGACAUGCUUCACUUAGGCACAUCAGGAUUCUGAGUUCAUUGCCCUUCUUCAUUCUACCCAUAGAGGGGGGGUGGGCAUUGGAUAUGCAGAAAAUCAAUAAGCCCAAAGCACAGCUCUUCGUGUGAUUCUUGCUGUUGACACCAUACAAUUGUAAUUAGUGGAUUUUAUCUUACAACCAAGACAUUAGGUCUUUAUAGACCUGGACACAAUCUGAUGUCUUUGUAAUGGUCAACAAUGAGUGUCUUUUAUUGUGUCUUCCUACCUGAUACGUACUCAAGCUCUCAAACACAUAUUUCCUUGACAAAAAAGAAAAAUAGUGACAGUGAACCCCGUGAACUGUUCACGGUUAAAGUCUGCACUGACCUUUCCCUACCAGCCACCGACGGGGAAGCCAUUAGUGCCCUCACCUAGGUGGACAGUCUCCCAGACUCUGACCUCACCAGAGCAGGAAGUGCUACAUGUCAAGACUGAGAACGUCCUGCUAGAGUUUAAGGUCAAAAGUAACUUUAAAAAAAAAUGUGAAUGAUUGUAAAAUAAUCUAUUUUUGGAUUCAUGUGUUUUCCAGGUGGAUAUAGUUUGUAAACAAUGUGAAUAAAAUAUUUAACAUGUUCAA